UCAAAUCUGAAACAAAAACAAAGCCAAGCCGUAAACGGCAGAAAAUUAACACUCUCCGCAAAAUCUAAAAUAUUUGCGGCCUACUUUAUAAAACGAUAAUCCUUUCGGGAUGUUUUGCUGCCUACGCACCUGUCUAAAUGGAGGACAGCUAAGAAAACCCGUGGCAGCUGCCAGGAGCCAUGAACCAGAAGUCCAUCUUGAUGCAGCGCAUAUGGGUCCAGACGUGAUCCUGCUGUCACACCAGCUCCGCGUAACAGGAACUGGAGGUGUCCUGGCCACGGCUCCCUUGGUCCAGUCGAAAUCCUACUUCGAGGUCAAAAUUCAGCAAGGUGGCAGUUGGUCCGUUGGAGUGGCCACCCGGCAAACGGAUCUUAGUAGGAAGUGCGGUGGAGGGGACCGCGAGUCCUGGUGCUUGUGCUCCGACAACGCCACCCGCCACAACGACCAAGAGGAGUUCCAAGUGGUAGUGCCUUCAGCAUGCACCACCCAGCCAUCAAAGACAGCCAACGGCAUCCUCAACAGCAGCGCAGCCAGAGCGGCAGGACUCAUCGCCAUAGAAGAUCUGCAACAGGAGGAUCUGCUGAUGACUACAGGAGUUGCUCCACCAGAGGAUAGCAUUGGUGACACCUUGAUAACUUCACCGAAACGGGACUAUCCAGACGAAGGGGAUAUUGUGGGUGUGGCGUUUGAUCACGUGGAGUUGAAUUUCUACUUCAAUGGAAAAAAUCUGGAGGUUCCCUUCAGGAAUGUGCGGGGAGCAGCAUUGUUUCCUGUCAUCUAUGUGGGAAAUGGCGCCAUUCUGGACAUUAUCUUGGAUAACUUUUCGCACGGUCCUCCGCCCGGCUUUGAGCGUAUCCUGCUAGAACAGUCUCUUCUUUAGAAGGUUGCAUACAAAAAGGGCCUUAAAAAAAGAAAAGCUUCAGAACAAAAUAACAUUCAAUGAAAUACGAAAUAGAAAGUGCGUUUUAGGAUUAUAGGAAGUUCAUUUUCGCUUAAAGAUUUUUUUAAAAAGAGGUAUAAAAUAAACCAUAAAUUCUAGUCAAAAAUUUUCAACUUUACCGCAUCCAAGUAUUUAGAACCUUGUAGUUAUAAAGCGCACUGUUCUAUUCAUUUGAGAACGAUUGUAUAAAAUUUGAAACUUCUCUAGUCCUUGUACUCCCAAAUCCAGAAUGUGUUGUUUUUA